GCCGUGAUCUGCGUCAGCCGAUACCGGCGGAAGAAGGAGGUCAAGGCCGAAGAUGGAGAUGCCAACGGCGAGAAGCCCAACGAGGGAAGGGAAGACGACGCAGAGGCGCAAGAAGACGGAGAAGAGGAAGGGGAGGAGGCUGACGAAGAGCUUGGGUCUCUAAAAGAACCCGAGGCUGCAGAGCAGCCGGAGGUAGUGACCCAGGAGCCUGGCAGAGAGGCCGGUGAAGAAGGCGAGCAGGAGGGAGCAGAGGAGGAGGAGGCGUGUGAACACGACCCGGUAGCCAUGGAGGUGGCUGAUGACGGUGAAGAGGACGCUGUCCAGGCAUUGCCGGUCUGCAUCGCAGAUGCCAGCGGCCCUGUCGACGGAGAGGACGAGGAAUGCCUCGAUGAUGAGGAAGCCAUGGAGGAUGAUGGGGAUGUGCGCGACAUCCAGGAGGUCGAGGCCAUGUUCUUGGCAGAUCUGGAGGACGAUGAUGAUGAUCCGGUGGCAGAG